AACUGCACAAGGAUUAAACCAAACCGGUUAUUUAAACCGGCGUAUCUAGAACCUAGGAAUCGAGGACAAAAAUACACACAGCAGAAGCUUUAAACCAAACUGGUAAUCUAAACCGGAUCAAGUUUUCCCCGCCAAAGCAAUUUUCAUUCCCAUUGUUCCAAACAGUUAAAAACCCUAAAAACUUUUCCGAUUUGCUCACUAAAAAUCUCACGAACUCUUCUCCACAAUCUCCUAGGGUUCCGAUUAUUUCUCAAUUGAGAUAGUUUCCAGCUCCAUGGCGGAACCAAAUCCCGACGACGAUGGUUCGAAGUCGUAUUUCCAGAAAACGGUGGUGCUGAGAGAUUGGUGGUUGGUUAAAUGUCCAAAGGAAUUCGACGGCAAACGAUUUGGUGUUGCUGGAUUCGAAGAUUCCGUCGAGACUCGAGCAAUGCGUGUGUUUAAAUCUUCCCCAAUCAUCAGAGCUUUGGAUGUUUUCACACUCUUAGCAUCUGAUGGAAUCUAUAUAACUCUCCGUGGUUUUCUUAACAAAGAACGCGUUGUUAAUAAUGGAUUUACCCCUGAGAUUUCUCGUGAAUUCAUCUUCGGAUUUCCUCCUUGUUGGGAACGAUUUUGUAACAGUUGCUUUCUUGGAGACUCUUGUGGCACUGAUAUUAAUACUGUCCCUUCGACAAUCGAUAAAGCUUGUCCUCCCAUUUUAUCACCAUGUAAGUACUCGAACGGGAAUGUAGAGGAUUAUCCAUCUGAGAGCAGAGAUAAAAGCAGUGUGACUGAGACGGAUAUCACAGAGAUUAAUGAUAAAGAUGGUUCGAGAGCAAGAGCUAAAAAAACUGCAAGGAGAAAGUCUCUUCAUCUAAGUGAAGAGGAGGAAAGGAAACUUGAAUCGAGUAAUGUCCAGAACACUACUAAGAGCGGUGAUGUAGAAAAAGAUGGAUGUGUGGCUAUCAAUAAUGAAGACAACGAAUGGAAACUCGAUGGCAGUGAGCUCCAGAAUUGUACUAAUGAUGGAGUUCAUGGUAGUGAACGUUUAAUUAAGGCUAAGAGCAGUGAUGUAGAAAAAGAUGAGUGCGAAGUUAUCGAUAAUAAUGUGAUAUCGCCAGCGGUUGGAUGUGGUAUUAAGUAUACCGGUGCAGAUAAUGUUGAUAAAGUAACAAGUGCGAGUGCUACUGGAGAAUCACUGACUCCAGAACAGCGAAAAGGUGUACUGGGAACGACAGCAUCUCCACAAUGCCUGCUUAAAGAUUUAGACAAGAGUAGCAAAUCUGAAAAGAAAGGAAUAUCGAAGAAAAGUAAGAAUGCUACUAAAGAAUCACUGCCGUCAGAACAGCGAAAAGGUAGAGUGAAGGUAACAAAGGCAUCUCAAGAUCCCCUGUCGAAGGACUUAAUUAAUAGUAGCAAGCCUGGAAAGAAAGGAAAAUCAAGGAAAAGUGAGAAGACCCUUCAAAGUGACAGCAAUGUGGUAGAGCCUAUGAAUCAGUCGAGGUCUCAAGUUGAAGAAGCUGAAGAAAACUUGUCAUGGGAAAAAAUAAAGAGGAAAAUCGACUUUGAUGUGGAGGUAACACCGGAAAAAGAAGUGAAGAAGCAGAAGACCAAUGCGGCGUCUACUGAUUCAGUGGGACAGAAACGGUCAAGAUCAGGAAGGGUGCUUGUAUCAUCACUAGAGUUUUGGCGCAACCAAAUUCCUGUUUAUGAUAUGGAUCGGAACCUUAUCCAAGUAAAGGAUGGGAGUGAGACUAACUCCACUCCAUCUAAAGGAAAAGGAUCGAAUUCUCAAAAGCCAAGAAGUUGAAAAUCACAUAAACUAUAUCAAACUUUGGUAAUUAAUUAGGUGUUAUGGUCUCUGACCCUGUAAUCAAUUUGUUGGGUCGUGAAACUCUCUUAGUAUUUCUAGCUUAGUAAUAUUUAUUUUGCUUUUUCUAUUGUUUAAUAAUAUCUAUGAAUUUAUUCAACGACCAAACUCAAAAAUUUGGAACUACAACUUAAUGCCAAAGCUUAUAAUGA